UGACGAAUUGUCACAAGGAGAGCGGAAUUAGCAAGCGAACCCAGCGACAAUGUCGGACCAACCAGGAACUAAAACUCUGCCCCCUGCCCGAACCUCCAAAAGUCACUUGGAGAAUAUAAAAAAGGUGGCUGUUACAAUGCAGGGGCAACAGGCAUUGUUCCUUGAACUUGACCAGAAACGUCCUUUAGCUGGUAUAAUUCAGGAUAUAUGUACACAGUGGAAGCUUUCUGACCAAGAAAAUUUUGCGCUGCAAUUCUCCGAGCAGAAUCGUCACAGCUACAUCACAGAUCAAAAUCGGAAUGAAAUUUCAAACGGAAAUGUUCUCACUCUGACAUCCUCUCCAGGAAAAAAGGCUCAAAACAUUUAUAGUCAACUGAAUGACAAUGCUUCCCAGCAGGAUAAAAUAUCAGCGCUUCGUGAUCUCUCAAUCUUCUCCUCUGACAUUUCAUUUGCGAUUGAGUUCAUCAACAGGAAUGGUCUACCCUUGGUCAUAAAAUUUGUCACAUCAGGGAAUUUCAAUGGAGACCCUCUCGCCUACACGCUCAAGUCCUUUGUGUCGCUCAUGGAUCAUGCUAUUGUAUCUUGGGAUGUUUUGGAAUCGGAUUUCAUUCGAAAGGUAGCGGAAUGUGUCAACUGUUCCAGCACAGCUACCCUAGACAAGCAAUGUCUGCAGUCAGCGCUCGAGAUCCUGGAAUCUGUCGUUCUUCACAGCACGGGUAAGCAGGCUGUGGUGGAGCAGGUGGUGACCCCUGUCAACAUCAUUCCUCACUUACAGAGUCGUUAUACAACACAAGACAGUGGUCUUCCACGAACACAAGAAAAUGCUCUUGGACGCCGGGGAUCAACGGCAGUGACCACUCAGACGUUUUCCAGCCAAGCUUACCCAGAGGUUCAAAAGAACGCCAUAGCUUUAAUCAAUGCACUUUUCAUGAAAGCUGAUCCCGACAAACGGAGGAAAAUAGCAGACCAAUUACAUUCCAAGAGCAUGAGAAAUAUGAUCCUGAGCCAUGUGAUACGAGGAAUGCAGCAGGUGGGGACUGAGAUGGCGCAUCAACUGUAUGUCCUGCAGGUUCUUCUGCUCAAUCUGCACGAAGAUCGCAAGAAGACACCUGCAAAUUCACAUGACCAGACUGUGCUGCGGGAUAUUGAAGAACUGCGGAGAAUUGCAUUUGAUGUGGAUGGUGACCCAAACAUUAACACAGUCAGGAAAUCACCAAGCUCAGCCAAGGACUACAGGAAGCUGGGAUUCUUUAAUCAGAGCACGCCUGUGGAAGAUUUCACCAAGACACCCCCUGGGCUUCUCGCACUCGAUGUGAUGCUGUACUUUGCCCGGAACCAUGGAGAAAACUAUGUCAAGGUCGUGCUUGAGAACUCAAGUCGUGCAGAUGAGCAUGAUUGUCCAUUUGUAAGGGCCAGCAUCAUGCUUACAGAAAUACUAUGUGACAUUCUCAAAAUUGGCGAACAGCCGACAGAAGAAGGUCAGACAUUUUACCCCAUGUUUUUCUGUCAUGACAAGCCAUUUGAAGAGUUCUACUGUGUGUGUAUACAACUGCUGAAUAAAACAUGGCGGGAGAUGAAGGCCACAUCGGAUGAUUUCCAGAAGGUGCUGGGUGUUGUUAAAGAGCAGAUAACACGAGCCUUGGAGAUCCACCCAUCCAAUUUUGAUUCCCUUCGUACCCGUCUAAAUCAGCUGACUUACUCUGAGAUCAUCAAGAUCUGGGAACUAGAGAGGCAGAGUAAAGAGGAGUGGGAGUCCCAGGCAAAACCGAUCCUCGAGUUGAGAGAGAUUAUUAAGCCUGAGAUAAUGGACUUGAUCAAGCAGCAGCGGUACAACCACAUGGUGGAGGGGGCCAUUUUCACAAAAUAUGCCAAGGCCAACCAGAAGAAAGAUCGGUUCUGGUACUGGCGUUUAGCUCCAAAUCACAAAGCACUUCAUUAUGGAGAUUGCCAGGACAACGCAGUUUUGCCCAUAGAGCAACUGCCUAACAAGAUCUCCAUUGUGGAUAUCAAGAUGUUGCAGUCUGGCAAAGAAUUUGCCAAUCCCAAGGACAAGAGGGACAGAAAAGGGAUAAGCAGUUUUGCAUUUGCUAUUGUGCCAGACACCACUGACCCUCUACAGUUGGUAGCCAGUUGUGAGAAGGAGUUUGACAUGUGGACAGAUGGGAUACAUGCCUUGUUGGGGCAGGAGAUGACGAGCAGCCAGACAAACCAAGACCUGGAGACACUGCUGAGCAUGGAGAUUAAGAUCCGCCUCCUGGAGACCGAGGGCAUCACCAUACCAACCGAAGCCCCGCCCAUUCCUCCAGCACCUGCCAACCUGAACUUUGUUUACCACCUAUGACAUGCAAGAACACUCUAGGUCUGUUUUGUCAGUGCUUACGGUGGGCUGUGCCUCAAAUGCAAACUGGAAUUCAGAUAUCGGAGUAGGUACUGAGUUACUGACAUUUUGAGGAGUAAUUAUAGUAUCAGUGAAUAUGUCCACGAAUCAAGGCAUGCUGCAUCGCCUGGAGGGCUCUCAUCGUACAUUCUGUCUUGUGUCUGUGGAGAGGUCUCAUCGUACAUUCUGUCUUGUGCCUGGAGAAAUGUGUCUGUGGAGGUGUCUCAUCGUACAUUAGGUCUGUGUCUGUUGAACUGCGUAUGCGGAGGGACCUCAUCAUGCAGGUGUACUUGUGCUGGACCAUCCUUUUAGGUCUAGACCAUUCUUGUAGGCGGAAACUUGCAUCUUUGACAUUACAGGGGCGUGAGGUUGCCCAGCCACUUGUCCUACUCGGUUUGGUGUCAUAUGAUAUAUCAGCUGUGGAUUGAUAGCAUACUUGUGCUAGACCAUCCUGCAGCCUUCCACAAGUCACCAUCUUUAUCAAGUAUAUCUAUGUCGGUGUCUAGUCCAAGCUCUAGUCUGGCAAAAUAUCUGGAAAAUUAUUCUCAACUAGACUAGACUUGAAUGUGUAAGGCACCAAUGAUGUGGAAACCUUUAUCUUUGACAUUAGAGUUGUUUGAGGUCACUCCAGCAUGAAAUGAAGUGUUUCAGCAAAUUAUGCUUCUCAAAAAAUGUAAAGGAUCACUCAAUUCUUUCCAUAUGAUAAAAAUAGAUGAUUCUUAAUUUUUGUCGUAGUAUAGAAAUAUAAAAACAGCAAGAUAAUCAUUGAGCUGUAACAGCAUAGAAUAAAAACAAAGACUGGGAAAUCUUCUCCUAGCAACAGAAAGAAGAUGCCAGCAACAGCAAUGAUUUAACCGUGCGACAAAUAAUAUUGGUGGUUGUCCAGUAAUGUCAGGAAGAUUGUCACAGUAAAUAUUGCAGACAGGUAACAUCACUGAGAUUCAAACAUCAGCAAGAUUCUCUUGGAAGGCAUUGGAAGGUGUUACUAUGGUUACAGAAUGAUAACUGAGACUCCAACAGCAAGAAUAUCAGUAGCCACAAGAAAAUAAAUAUUAUGUACACUGCCAGCUAAUACAUGGGACGGAACAUGCUGUGUCGUACAUGUCUAUGGCCAUGUGUGAUCCUAUAACAUAACAAUAUGCAAGGUACUUGACUCUCAGGUCUUAGAAAGUGGUUGCUGUGGUUACAGGAAGCGUCACAAAAUCCCACCUCGGCAUGUUUGUAUGCACAACACAAAGAAUGACUUCUUAAUGCAACAGAGCUGUGCCUAGCACUGGCCACCAGUGCCUGUGUUUGUAGUGGUAACCCAAUAAGCAUGCUGCUAACAUGUCUCUUUGGCACUGUCCCAAUGCAGUCCAAUAUUAAUAAUGGGACUAGAGGACUUCAACUUCCUUUAGAUCGUGACUUCUGGGAAAGCUGUUUAAUCAUUACAAAUGACGUCUUGCCAUUAUUCUGCUUCUAGAGAAAUUUCAUCUCAGAUGAAGACUGCUUCUUUAAUAUUGAUAUUCAGCACAUGUGUUCUGACUCGUGACACCAGCUGUAACCCAAGGAAGUGUGUAACAUCAGGUCCAUCUUGAAUGUCCGGCAACAUGUCAUCACUACUAUGUUAGCACAUGUGUUCUGACUCGUGACACCAGCUGUAACCAAGGAAGUGUGUAACAUCAGGUCCAUCUUGAAUGUCCGGCAACAUGUCAUCACUACUAUGUUAGCACAUGUGUUCUGACUCGUAUAACAGCUGUAACCCAAGGAAGUGUGUAACAUCAGGACCAUCUUGAAUGUCCGGCAACAUGUCAUCACUACUAUGUUAGCAGAUGUGUUCUAACUCGUAUAACAGCUGUAACCCAAGGAAGUGAAGAAACGUUUGUUGAAAGUACCGCAUGUCAGAAACACCUACAACAUGGGCGUUUCAGGUUAAAUCAAGCAUGUGAUGAACAUUUACUUGGCACUCUAUCAACACAUCCCACGCCUUUGUUUCACAGAUGCCAUUACAAAACACAAAAAGCCUGUCUGUUGCGAGAAAUGGAAGUCAGGUAGCAUGACAGUCCGAACAGAAAUGUCACAAUGUGCCGAAAACAGACUGUGUUUUUCAGGAACAUUUUACUGGAGGCCAUAUAUAUGUGUGAACAAUGUCUGAGUUUUCUGGAGAGACAGAAUGUCAUCUUUUCCUAAUGGUGCUGAUGGUAGUCUAUGUUAGGAAGAUGUAGAGAGUGUAGUUAAGGACGACGCGUCACAAGUAUUGUGCAUUCAUCAUCUUCAUCAUCAUCAUCAUCAUCGUCGUCAUCAUCGUCAUCAUCAACUUUAUCCUCAUGUGUAGAUACUAGACACAUAGACAAGGAUCUACAAUAAACAUGACUGACAUCUUGCUGUAGUUCUGUCACGGAGAGAACAGACAGAUACAUUUGUCCUUGCCCAGUGUCUAGUUUUCAUAUUGAGAGGGGGGGGGCCUCUUGCAGAGUGAAUACAUUCCUGAAUGCCGACCUGUAUCUCUGAUAUAUAUGCUCAACAGAUACUUCAUAGAUGGUCUAGAAUAUAAGUAACCAUGGUAACAUUUCCCUCAAAUAUUAGCACAAGGUGCUACCCCGAAUUGUGUCAACACUAUUCUGUACAUACAGAAAGAUAACCGUGAAUGGAAGAUUGGUAAUAGAGUAAUAUUUACAGUAUUUACCCGUCAAGUCAAACUCCAUUGUUUUGAUAUACAUGCUAUAUUGUUUCAAACAAUGUGGUCCCUGCCAAAUUCUAAUCGGUUCUAUGGCCUGGGCCCUAUUCCUCAAAGCCAUCUUAGCUCUAAGGUGAUUGUAACUCCUAUACUUUAACCAAGGCCUAUGAUAGUCGCAACGCUAAGAUUGUUUUGUGGAACGGCACCCUGGUCUGGUGAAUUUUAAAUGAAAUUGGAUGAAAAUAUUUCAGUAUUUUCUGCUUUCAUAAGUAUGGUUUCAUUUCAUAUCCUGGUUGGUUCAUUAUUCUACGGCUAUUUCAUUAUCUGGAUUACUUAUAUAUUAUCAAAAAUAUUUGUGCUUAACAAUUUUUCAGAUAUAGUUGCAUUAAAACGUUACAUGAAUUUAUUGAGAUUGGAGAUGUUGAAAUGUGUUAUUAUUAAAAAGUAUCUACUUUCACAUUGGCAUGAUAGGUACUGUUCCUACUUCUGCUUAUGUUACUUUGUGGUGGGGUAGCCUAGAGGUUAAAGCGUAUGCUUUCCACGACAAAGACCUGGGUUCGAUUCCCCACAUGGUAACAAUGUGUGAAGCCCAUUUCUGGUGUCCCCACCAUGAUUUUGCUGGAAUAUUGCUAAAAGCGACAUAAAAAAAUAUUCACUCACUGACUUAUGUUACUGUGAAGUGAAACACUUGGUAUAUUCUACUAAAACUGUAACUAUCCAUGUCGACAUUUAUUGUCAGGUGCUAACAGAAAUUCC